CUGCGCUCAGUUUGGUACAGCUUUUCACACUAUACGGAUGGUCGCAGGGAACGCUUCAUCGGGAGUGCCAGAACGUUGACGUUUAGAAAGAAAGGAAGCUUACUGACAAAAAAAGAAGAAGAAGAAACAGUGAAUAUAUUUAACUUGACAACCCAACGACGACGCUACGGUGUACUCGAGAGGGCGUGUGAGUGCUUGUGUGCAUCGGCACAUCACCGCGUGUGAGUGGGUGAUCGUGUUUGUUUACCGUACAGUGUGUGUGUGCGUGCGGGUAGGGGAAAAGGCUAUACAAUUGUUGUGGAAAAGGAAUAACGCUUGCUCAAAACAGUGGAAGUGCAUAACGGAAACUCAAUUCCUGCCGGUGCGGAGUAAUAGAUGGAGAAACAUUGAUAAUUGCUGUAAUUUAUAGCUGUUCAAACAUUGACCAUACACAACGCGCCUGGGAGCUCCGGUGCGCGCAACCUUGCUCCAUUGGUUGUGGAGCAGUAAACAACAACUGUACCUAAUAAAACAGCGGAAUUGGACGGUUUUCCUUUGUGCAGAGGAAGCAGUUUUGUUCAUCGUAGUCGGCUGAUUGCUAAACGAAUGCACCGAAACGAAUGAUCCAGUGCGCCUUGAACGAUUACUCUGAAGUGGCACCUGAAGGGUAACAAUCAACCCCUACAAACAUUACCUGUUAGGAUCAUCAAACGCAAACUGGAACAUAGCACAUUCCAAUUCAUACCGGAACUGAAACCCCGCAAGAUGAACCGACGGGCAACUGCGCUGUGUCUGACACUCCUGGCACUUGGCGUCACCGCAGGUCCAACCCCUGACCAGCCAGCAACAGGGAGGGAUGUUGAAGUAUUGUUGACUACCGCUUCUUCCGGCCUCUCUUCCGAACAGCCGACAGAACUGUCGUUAGUCGAGACCGUGUCUUCGUUCACGCAGCCUACUGCCGAAGACAGUCAAACGGAAGUGUCAUCGUCAUCUUCAUCAUCGUCAGCAACGUCACCAGAGCUGCUGCUAUCGUCACCGGCAUCAGUAGACGUGCCUGUGGAUGAAGCGUCGCAAUCUAUAGCAUCGUCUUUGGCGCCCGCAAAGGUGGCGGCAGCAUCAUUUCCGUCGCCAACACCAUCGGAAGCGCCACUAAUGGUGUCGAGCACAAUUGUCUCUAGUGGUCAAACACCCACGGGCGAGGAUUCACUUUCGGUAAGCGCCGCAAGCACUAUGGGGCCGGAAACAAUAGCAACAACCGAAGUUCUCGCUCCGAAGGAUGCACCCAAGUCGCUGGAGAGCAUCACAAGUACGGCUUCUGCUGGUACGCCGGAGAGCGAUUGCGACGAUAAGAAAGCAUCUGACCUCGAGCCAGAGAGCGAAACUCCGGUGAUUAGCUUCGGCAUUCGGUUGUUCACGGUGGAGGUGGCAACCGGUACGGAACGUGCAAGUGAAGAGCAAAUCGACCUGUCCAAUGCAACUCAAGCGCAGGGAAAUAUGUCCAGCAAAAACACGGCCACGUCCAAUCACGAUGGUGUUGAUCCGAUAGACACUACUGCAUCGCCGGCUGUUGUGUCUAGCACCGUGGGUUCUCCCGAAAGUUCGCCUAAAUUACGCAGUCCAGAGAGCGUAGAAGGCAGCGUUACGUCAACUACAACAAACGGGCAGUCGACCGUUACGAUUAAUACGCAGGUGAUGGCCAACGGAGCAGCUGGUGGUGCAUUGGAGCUUCCCGAGGACGCACAGGACGAUGCAUUUUCCAAUGAAAUUCACGUCGAGCGAAACAUGAAAAAUGGUCUUUAUCGCAUUAAAAUAGCCGAAAUAACGACGGACGAGUUUGACAACGGGCUGCGCGAAAACGAUAACGAAAAUAUGCUAAUGACGGACACGAUGGGUCCGCAAGGGAACCGUCAACCACCUUUACAUAAAUCUGUCUACCCGAGCAAGAUUAACAUUGAUGAUUUUUAUCCUUCGAAGCUGGAGGACUUCAAGCCGGAGCAGGCACAGCAGCAUUUGAACUCCGACGAGGAGCAACGCCUGCGGGAGAAGGAUAUUCUGCGUAACGAAGACGGUGAGCGAUUGUUCGAGUCUACCAUCAUGAAACCCUCGGACAUACUGCCGGUGCUGACGACGACCGAGGUGGACGAAAAAGCUGGACAGUUGCAGGAGCAACUUUUGGGAGAUGGCAUGGAGCGUCCGUCUAACGUUGGCACGGUGACAAGCGCCAGCAGCAGUAGCAGCGUAAGUAGCAGCAGCAGCAGCAGCAGCAGUAUUAGUCCUAUAAACAAUGCGACGGGCCAGGAUAGCGGUGACAUUUCUACCACGAAGAUAGAGAUCGAACUAAUCGAUGACACGUCGGAAACAUCGGCCAGCGAUGAGCGUAGCAGCAAACCAACCAUCGACAACAUCACGGAAAAGCUUGAAGAGAACGACGAGGUGAUUAGUCGUAUCGAAGAAAACUUUAAGGGCUUCCGGGCUUUUGAAGGAACUGCUGGGGGCGACGACGAGGAGGAGUACCGCGAUGCCGUGGAAGGUCGGAAGGAUGAUGAAGUAAUCACGAUUGCCAUCUCCUCGGUUACAUUUUCGUCAUCGCAGCAGGAUUCUACCCAAACCGCACCACCCCCGUCGGCAUCCGUGUCGACAGUGGCCGCAGCGGAGCAGCAGCCUACAGAUGAGGAAGAUGGUGUACCAGUUAGUGGCAGUGAUAUCGUGAAGAAUAGCUAUGGCAACCUGUUCAUACCACGACGUGAAAAGAACGACCCCUCGACAGCUACCAAGCUCGCCCAGUUAGGCAAAACUGCUCCGCUGAAAAAGAUUGACUUUGCCGCCACCAAAUUCAACACCGACAACAAUGCACCGGUCGGGCUGUCCGAUUCUGCUGAUGGUAAAAAGGAUAAGCCCGAGUUCUCUACUACAAAGUUCUACAACAGCAAGGAGCUGUACAGUGAGCUGCAUCAUCAGGCACUGGUCCCCAAUCGUACGCAGACAGUAGCAAAGUCUAAAGCUACCGCGGCCAUCCUAUCGGAAAAGGAUAUUAUUACCGCGAAAACAAUGUCCAAACCAGCGCAGGCCAUUUUGGCCGCUUCUUCCAGGAAGUCGUCCAGAGCGCAAGCAACUUCAUCUACUGGAGCAGAUAAUGCGGGAGCUAAAGCUGAUCUCAAGCAGCACACCUUAAAGACAAACUUCGUGCUUAAUGAGCCAACAGUCCCAGUUGGUACAAAGUCGACCAAACCAGGCAGUGCGAGUGCUUUUGAGGACUUGCAACAGAGAAAAAUAAAGUCGCUCGGUUCAGCUGCUUCGGCGAUCAUUGCGGCCACGGCAAAACUGGCCAAACCUAGUCGCCCUUCUUCGACAACAACUACUACGACCGUAGCAGCAGCAGCUGCUACAACGACAACCUUUAACUCGAUGACUACGACGGUUGCAUCGGCUGCAGUGUUCCCAUCGCAACCGGGUAGCAAUGAUGCUAACCGGCUCGGUGUUACGACUGUUGGAUCUAGCAGAAUCGAUGAAACUGUGCAAUCGAUCGGCGUAGCAUCAAAGCCAUCGGUACCGUUGUCCCGUUUGCACGAGAAAAUUAAUACGCUCGAUUGUGAAAUUCAAAGCAUUGCUCCUGAUUCGAGCGUUUGGCGGGGCAACGAAACGCACGAGCUGCAGCUACCGGCCAUGACACCGGAAGACUGUUCGGCCGGUUCUAGCUGCACACCUACCACCAUCUCCUGGGAAGGAGCAGCGGACAUUCAGUCUGGCGAUGUGCUCAUUGUUGAAAUUGACGAUCAUCAUCUAAUUCCAUCAAAUUACAACAAGUCCUCCGAAGGCGCCCAUCACACGACCACCGCCGUUUAUCAAGUUACGCGGCUCGGGCACGAAAACUGCGACAUUACCGAAGGCGUCCUGCUCGACAUCACGCCGCUUGUGGCCGACGGCAAGAAGCUGGUCACCCUUUACGACAAGGAUCUGACGGAGGGAAUUAAUCUACUAAUUGUGGUGUCUGAGCAGUGGGGCCAACAGUGCGUCCGUCUGAAGGUGACCGUAAAGUCAGAUAAUUGUGGCGAAAAUGCUGACUGCUCCGGAAAGGGUGUAUGCUACUCGAACAAUUCCAUGGAAGGGUACGAGUGCCAAUGCUGCAGCGGUUUCGCCGGCACACACUGUGAGGAGAUUGAUGCCUGCAGCCCUUCGCCCUGCACGAACAACGGAAUCUGCGUCGAUUUGUCACAAGGACACGAAGGCAGCGCUUAUCAGUGUCUCUGCCCGUACGGCUAUACCGGUAAAAACUGUCAAUUCGAGUCCGAUCCGUGCAACCCAUCGCAGUGCCUGAACGGUGGUACCUGUGUUGGGAAUUCGACACAUUUCAGGUGUGACUGUACUUCCGGUUACACUGGACCGCUGUGCCAGCACAACUUGAAUGAAUGCGAAUCGUCGCCCUGUGUGCACGGUAUCUGUGUCGACCAGGAGGAUGGCUUCCGCUGCUUCUGUCAACCAGGAUUCUCCGGCGAGCUGUGCAACUUUGAGUACAACGAGUGUGAAUCGAACCCAUGCAUCAAUGGCGGCCAAUGCAUCGACAAUAUCGGCGGCUUCUCCUGCAAGUGCACCCGAGGCUACACCGGCAAACGAUGUCAUAUUAAGGUUGAUUUUUGCGCCAACGAUCCUUGCCCGGACGGCCACCGGUGCAUCGACCAUGGGGAUGAUUUUACCUGCGAGUGUCCCGGCGGUCGCAAUGGGCCAGAUUGCAAUCAAGUACCACGAACGCUGUGCAACGUGAACCCUUGUGCAAACGGUGGCACCUGCUGGACUACGGAAGAAUCGUUCUACUGUGCCUGUCGUCCAGGAUUCACCGGCAAAAUGUGCGAGGAAAACUUCGUCAUCGAUACAAUGGUAAGCUCGAGCGAGAUGCUGUCCGACACGCUGGCCAAUCAGAACGGGCUGCGUGCCAUUAGUGGCAGCACAAUGUACGGGGACGACGGGGCUGUGGCGCACACCGGCAAGCACAGCAGUGCAAUCGAGCUACACAAUGCGUACAUUGCGGCCGGAACACUGGCCACCGCCAUCUUGAUCGUGGCCAUCGUGGUAACCGCAUGUCACUGCAAGGUGCACCAGAGCUACCGACACUUUGCCACCAAGCACCGUCAGCUCAUUCCCAUUUUCGGGCGCCGCGCCAAGCCGGCCAACGCUAACCGUCACUGGCUGAGCGGCAAAGGACAUCAGCAGCAACCGCAUCACCACCAGAGCCACACGAACCCGAACUACAAUUACGCACACCAGCUGCCCAGCUCGUACUCCGGUCUGCAGCCGGAACGGAUAAUCAACAAACCAUUGCCGAUGAAUUUGGAGAACGACAUGUACUACACGGUCGACUUUGGAGACUCCCAGAACGCUCCGUUGAUACAGUAAUGAGAUGAGCGGGGUGCGCAACGAACGGACAGCGAGGCACGCGUCCCAGGUGUUGUGAGUUCGCGUGCUAAUACGCGCGGGCGUAGGAUGCGAGGUAGGUGGAGUGCGUGUGUGUCAAGUAUGGUGGGAAAUAGGGUGGUGGUGCAAUCGCUGCGCCAAAACCAAACGGGAAAAUGAUGGUAAGCGACACCGGGCGAAUGGGAAUGGCAUUUUCUUUGAUCCUGCUGGUACAAUCUCAUUCGCACACGAUGCCAACAUUGGUCAGCUGAAGGUGUGUGUGUGUAAGUAUGGAUAGCGCAACGGUUGGCGUACAGAAUUUGAUACCUUGUUUCAGUUCUGUUUCUUGUUCCGCAUUUCUCAAGUACAAUAUGAUAAUGUGACAAUGUGUUUUCCCGUUCAAGAUAAGUGUAGUAGACGCUAGUAGCAAAAGAAAACAGAGUAAAAACGCGAACCAUUCGCACGUUUGUUGGAACAGACAACGUUAAAAAAUUAAUUAAUACAAUGAAGAAACUCCCUCCAAAGAUCCCCGCCCGCAUGUUAGGAAGCCUUUUCAGCGAGACAUGCAACGUAUGUGAAACUUACUUAGUGUUACGAUAGCUACGAACGUGAGUGUAAAGUAUGCAACAUUUGAUUGUUUGUGUGGCACACGUAAGCUCCUACCACCAGCUAUACCAGUAUUAUUAGUGUUUAUUCUAAAUCGUUCGCUGUUAAUUUUAUGUUUGAAGGGAGAAAAAACAAUGCUUCACAUUUUCGCAGUAAGUUGGGCUUAUAUUGUAAAAAAAAACAAAACAAAUAAUGAAAUCAUACUUUUCAUACAGCAUUCUGUCGAUGCAAUGAUCACUUUACGAGAGGUCGGAAAUUAAAGAUGUGUAUCACAAAGCAUUACUGGACAUUAAGGAUUAAAUAACCAAACAGAUAGCGAAAGAGCAUGCAGAUACAUUUCGAUAAGAAUCCGCACAUAAAUUGAUGCUGAAUAAGCCGAGGGAAUUUCCAAACUUUGGUUCACGAUGGCUCGGGACCGUCAGAUGUCACUUUGUCCAAUACAUGAUCUUGACGUAGUUCGGAGGUGAAUGAAGAAGAAAAAUACUAGAACUACAUUCCAUGGUACCGUUUGUCUGCCGGUUUUCUCUGGAGACAUUCGUUUAUCACCGUACCGAUAACUUUCAUGUUCAACUCGAAACUCCUCGGGUAGCCUUUCAGCAAGGGUGGUAGGAGGUCCUUUCAAGGGUCAGACGCCCCUUUUUUACGCACCUUCACCAACGAAUGUUUGGAGCAUAAUGCGUUAAAUAUGGCUUUUUUCGCUCUCUCUCUUUCUCUUCCUACAGCUUCCCAUAGGGGGAAGGAUAAUUUUAUUUGGAAAAAAGGGAAUAAAGGUCAUCAUGUGAGUCCGAGGCUUCGAAUGGUUUUGUUGUCAAAAAGUGACCUAAAAAGAUGGAUAAGAUUUCAUUGAAUUUAAGACCGUAGCACACAAGUGAAUGAAAAGCUUUAUCUGAACAGAACGGAGUAAGGGAAUCUUGUCGAAAUGGAUUGUUCACUAUACAAGCGCACAAUGUUAGUAAGAAAUGGGACGCUUAACGUCCAAAGGGACGAAUUUUCAGUGAAGCAAACGUUCUUUCAACAAUGAGCUAGUUGGAAAAUCAGUUUGAAAUGGUAUGGCGUAACCUAGCGUUUGUUUAGCUCACGUUUGUGUUUAAUCGUUACGUACGUAAGCGUUAUUUUAACCCGUUCAUAUUGAUGUCGAUGUGUGUCCGUACCAGUUCAGGCGGCCGGUUCUGGUGUGCGGUGGUGGUGGACAAAAUGUGCCAAUAUAUUUUGAAUCUCUUUGAAGAAUGUAGCAACAUUCGAUGCAUAUACUAGAAUAAGAAAGUUAAUUUUACGCAAGAGCGAUAUGAUGGCGACAUAUGUUAGCGAACGAAAUGCACACACGGAAAGGAUGGCCCAACUUUACGAAACAGGCGUGUAAUAGUUUCACACAAAUACAGAGAAAACGAUAAAAGGGGACACGACUAUUGAGAGGAGGCAAAGCAGCAACAACAAAAAAACCAAGCAAAAUUCAUUGAUAUCUUAAUACAAACAUACAUACGACUUUUUCUUAAGCUACCAAAAUCUUAGCUAAAAUACCAGUUACUUGACAUUGAGUGAACAAAAGAGCUAACCAACAUACGUCAAGAGAAUGAUAAAAUUACUUACCACUUUCAACACUUUAUUACACAUACCCCAAACCAUACCAAAACUCCAAAAACUCUUCCAAGCGAGCAAACAGAACAGUCCUGACUUAACCCAUAAGAGCAGACAGCAGGCAAGCAAAGUUACACGAAUACGGAACGCUAAGGCCAGUUGCAAAUCGCAUACAUCCAUACUAGAUACUAGCUAGUUGCUUAGUACAGAGGGCUAACUAACUCUUUCCGUUUUCCAUUCCAAACUAAAUCGAGAAAGUUUAACUCGCUGACAUGGUCAAAACCGAAAGCAAAGCAAAACAUACAAACAAACAAACAUGCGGCCAAUUCAUCCUAGAAAGUAACGUCUAGUGGCCAACAGCUAUUUAAAGAGUAGAAUUAACAACACUUUUGCCAUUCUGUCCUACGAUAGUGUUUGGAUGAUUCCAACUAUUCCAGCCUUAAUACAAAUUGUUUCACGAGUAGGAUUGUUAGGGAGUAUCGCUAAACUGAUGGUAGACACAUUAAUUCAGUUGUGCAGGUUUGGUAAUUGUAACAACUGUAAUAUCUAAGCUCUACCCUCAAUUUCCAGUGCUUUUUUCUCGCUAGUGAAAUAGAACACAGUCAAGCCAAUUUACAAACAAACAAACAAACAAAAACCCUUUUUCGAAUCUUCAACCAUGUCACAACGUAGCUUCCUUGAUAGAGCUUUUAAGCGUAGCGGAAAGGAACCACGCGGCGUUCGUGCGUGCGCCAAGCGUAUCCUUGUACAUCGAGCUGCUUGGGAAGCGUUGGGAUACAGUAAUUUUAGGUAUCAAUUGCGUUCCAUGCGACUACCUGCAAUAGAGGAUUUAAUCAAAUGUACACAUCUUAUCGUAGAUAAUAGGACAGAAUCGCAACGCGCGCACACACUCACCCAUAGACACCCCCGCAUAGCGAGACAACUGAAUGGAAAUUGCCAAACUAAUAUACUAAAAUACGAAUGGAAACGCGUACCACCAUCUUGGACUAAUUUAUUACCUACCAGAUAGAAGCCUACCAUACGGAACCAUGCACGUCGUACCAUUACGCUGCUUGUGAAUGGGACAGGACGCACUCUAAUAAACCAUUUUGAACACAGUCACUCACAUACACGUACAUACACAUACAUGAAUCGCACAAUAAUUGUAGCAUCGAAAAUAUUUGAUACAGCCGAUGGGUGUGUAUGCUUCCCUGCUAUACUGGCAUGCGUGUACAUGUGUGCUGCGUAAACAUCUAAAUAACUAGAACGCCGCGUAGCAAGCAAACACAGCGAAUGGCGAUGCUUCACUGAUUUUCGAUGCUGUCUGAGCGUGAUGGAAAGCAACCCCUGCAGCAGGGAUGAAUGAGGUGGUGAGGCGUCGAAAAACAUUAAAUGCAUACAAUCCCUCCAUAAAUGAUAAAUUGCAGUCGUCCGUUGGAGCAUGUUUUACUUUUACUUUACCGUACGCUCUUCUACCCGCGACUGUGUGCUAGUGCUAGAGGUGUUUGGAAGGUUUUGCUAAAUCAAUGCCGUGCGGACAUCGAGCUAGAAGAUGGACAAAGCACAUCCCAAAUUUGAUCCGCUGUCAAUUGAAACGAAGUGUGUUGGGUGCGGUUUUACAUAAAUUGCUUCCGUUUGUAUCCGUUUGUCCUGCAUUGUUUGCGUACAUUGUGUAAAAGUUGAAUGAGAACAUUUAACUAAGUAAUAGAAGGCAGAUUAUUUAAAAAAAAUUAUAACCAGUACAGGCAUUUGUUUAAAAAAAUAAUAACGAAACAAAGGCUUGCUGUUUAAUAGCCUACAUUAAUUAAAAUUAUAUCAUUCAUUACUAUAUGUUAUGGUUAAAAUUAUUUCUUUCUAUUUCAAUUUGCCAAUCAAUAGCUUCCUGUUUUAGCUCGUGUGUUGUUUUCCAAUUUGCUCUACCUUCUUAGGCAAUCGUCAAACUGAUAAAGCGAUAAGCAGAAGAUAAGAAAUUCGUACAGACUUUAAAUCAAAGAUGCAACACAAAACCAUUCAAAGCGGUGGUUUUUUAAGAUAGCUAAUACAAUAUUUAAUGUGGUAAUUUGAUGAGGUGAAAGGUACCCCGGUACCGGGGUAUGAGCAGUAGCAAAUGGCACAGCAUUAAACGAGAACAAAGGCAAAGAACCUCCUUCCGCCAAAAACAAAUGCUUCUAGUUCACUAUCGUCAAAAAUAGUACCAUUUUUGCCAAAAAAUAUAAAGCAAAACUGCAUCCUCCCCCCUCAUGUGACCAUGGUACUGUUUGUGGUAAUGGUGUUUUUAGGUUCUGUUUCGUGCAAAACGCGCUGCAUUCACAAUAACUGUUUAAGAGGUAGCGUUUGGCAGCAUCUAUUUGAACCGUACGGAUGGGGUGCGAGGUGUGUGCGAGAUGAUAGCAUAAUGUAGUAGAAGUACAUGACAAGUAUUUUAUUCAUACACUACAACAACAACAAAACCAUCUACCCGACAGGGGACGGAAGGUGGACAAUGCUCCAAACAACCCUUACCUUCUAAAUGCAUGAAUAAGUAAUACACAAGACAGUGACAAAAUAAACAAGAAAAUUGUUAUAAAAUUUAA